AUGAGCGCAGGAGACCGUCAGGAACGAGGCAUUAAGCUUAUAGGAGACUAUUUAUUACAAGGUUGGGUGCUAACUGAUGACAAGUGCAAAUCGAAUUGGCAAAAUGGAUGUAGUAUGCCAUCUAUGAGAGCUCGGGAUGGUUCUCGCUACAUAUGUGUCCUCUGUGAUGAUCCCCGAAAUCCUUGGCCACCAGCUGGCGCUAUCCAACAAGCAUCUGUGGAUGCUCUCGUGAACAUUCUACCAGCGGUGGAUGCCAUGACUGGCGUGAACGAUGAUAGCAGUAUAGGCGAUGAAGAUUUGGGGCUGACUGAAACUGGAAACCUCAUGAAUGGACUACAAUCAAACAAUACUGUAGUAGAGGCGAAUAUGCCUACAGACGAAGAACGUCGAUCCAGACGUGAGCAGGUCGACAGAGCCACUAGGCUUCUUGGGCAAAGACUCUUACAAGGGUGGACGAUGCUUCAAGACGAGUGUCCUAAUCCAGCUUGCCCAGGAAUUCCACUAGUACAAAACCGCCAAAGACAUAAAUAUUGCGUCUUAUGUGAACGCUCAUACAUCUCUGAGCAGGACUUGCCACCACCAGUUGUCCCCGUCCCCUUAUCUUCCCCAGGCCAUAUCGCAAUAGCAGCUGAAGCACCCAGUGUCAGCCCGAUUCAUAGGUCGAUUACCGAAACAACUGAGAGAGCGGAACAAGAUCAUGGUAGAGUAAUGACACAUACGGAAGAACUACUCGGAUCAGCUAUUAUGGGUGGAUCUCCUGCAAGAGAGGAGCCAGAACGACGAAACACCGCACCAUCGAUAAAUCGAUCUGUCGCAGGAAGUGUAGCUGUAAGCACUGUCACAAAUCCAACGCCAUUUGCACCGCUUGGUGUUCCGAUCGCUGUACCAGGUGGUGGUAGUAGUAGUCGACCUCGUCAACAUCCCAAUUUGACCGUAUCAUCGAAUCUUGGAGCAUCAAUUGCUAGUGAUGUUGGCUCAAAGGAUAGGUUACUGUCGACAUUGUGGUCCAAGUUGGAGGACGUGAGGAUGUCUCUUGAACGCAGUACAAGUGGCAGUGAAAUCAAGAGCCUAUCUGAAACUAUUGUGUCCUUGACACAGGCUAUACACGCUAGCAAUAGCUUGUAG